AUGACGCUGCAGACUCUCGCCUUCGCCGUCGUCGCGGCGGUCUACCUGGUCAUCCGCUACUUGAACCGCACCGACGUGCCCAAGAUCAAGGGCAUUCCCGAGAUUCCUGGAGUGCCUCUGUUUGGCAAUUUGUUACAGCUGGGCGAUCAGCAUGCCACCGUGGCGGCCAAAUGGGCGAAGCAGUACGGUCCGGUCUUCCAGGUGCGCAUGGGAAAUCGACGCAUCGUCUUCGCCAACAGCUUCGACUCCGUCCGUCAGCUCUGGAUCAAAGACCAGUCCGCCCUCAUCUCGCGUCCGACCUUCCACACCUUCCACAGCGUCGUCUCCAGCUCGCAGGGCUUCACCAUCGGCACCUCACCCUGGGACGAGUCGUGCAAGCGCCGCCGCAAAGCCGCCGCCACGGCGCUGAACCGACCCGCCGUGCAGUCGUACAUGCCCAUCGUCGACCUGGAGGCGACGGCAAGCAUCAAGGAGCUGCUGAAGAACGGCCAGAACGGCGCCGUGGAGCUCAAUCCGACCGCGUACUUCCAGCGGUUCGCGCUCAACACCAGCCUGACCCUGAACUAUGGCUUCCGCAUCGAGGGCAACGUGGACGACCAGCUGCUGCGCGAGAUCGUCGAUGUCGAGCGCGGAGUCUCGAACUUCCGUAGCACCAGCAACAACUGGCAGGAUUACAUCCCGCUGCUGCGGAUUCUGCCCAAGACGAAUCGCGAGGCUGAGGAGUUCCGUGAGCGCCGGGAUAAGUACCUGACCUACCUGCUGGAUAUCCUCAAGGACCGCAUCGCCAAGGGAAUCGACAAGCCGUGCAUUACGGGGAAUAUUCUGAAGGAUCCCGAGGCCAAGCUCAACGAGGCCGAGGUCAAAUCCAUCUGCCUGACCAUGGUCUCCGCCGGCCUCGACACCGUCCCCGGCAACCUGAUCAUGGGCAUCGCCUACCUGGCCUCCGAGGACGGCCAGCGCAUCCAGCAAAAGGCCUACGACGAGAUCAUGAAGGUCUACCCCAACGGUGAGGCCUGGGAGAAGUGUCUGGUCGAGGAAAAGGUCCCCUAUGUCACCGCUCUGGUCAAGGAAACCCUGCGCUUCUGGACCGUCAUCCCCAUCUGUCUACCCCGGGAGAGCACCAAGGAUAUCGUCUACAACGGUGCGACCAUCCCUGCUGGCACCACGUUCUUCAUGAACGCCUAUGCCGCCGACUACGACGCCGACCACUUCAAAUUCCCCGAGAAAUUCAUCCCUGAGCGCUACCUCGACGUCGGAGAGGGCUCUGGUACGCCUCACUACGGCUACGGUGCCGGCUCCCGCAUGUGUGCCGGCUCGCACCUGGCCAACCGCGAGCUCUUCACGGCCUACAUCCGCCUCAUCACGGCGUUCACCAUGCAUCCGGCGCGAGACCCCACUGACCGGCCCAUCCUGGACGCCAUCGAGUGUAAUGACAUCCCCACAGCGCUGACAACAGAGCCAAAGCCGUUCAAGGUGAGCUUCAAGCCGCGGGAUGCGAAGACGUUGCAGCGGUGGAUCGAGGAGAGCGACGAGCGGACGAGGGAGCUGUAG